AUGGUUCUAGCUCGCACUAGCCAUCAUACCAAAGCAAUCCUCAAAACGCUUCCUCCAACUCGCAACACGCUUCUCGGCACAGGCGCUCUCGUUGGCUCCAUCGCUGCUUUCUCCUCCGGCUACUUGAACCCUACCUCUUUUCAAGCCGUCGCCCACUUCACACCCACAGGCUUUUUCAACACACUGCGCUUCUUCUCCGCCACGCCCGCCACCUCGUUCAAAAUGGGAUCCACCGCCUCAUCUCAAGCACCACCUGAAUCCUUCCCCAAAGGCAUGUCCAACGCGGAAUGGCGUACCAAGCUCAACCCCGAGCAGUUCCGCAUCUUGCGUGAAAAGGGAACUGAAAUGGCCGGUACGGGUAAAUAUAACAAGCACUACCCCAAAGAUGGUGUCUACACAUGCGCAGGGUGCGACUCGCCUCUGUACAAGGCAACAACCAAAUUCGAUAGUGGUUGCGGCUGGCCUGCGUUCUUCGACGCUAUUCCGGGCGCGAUCGACAGGCACUCGGAUAGGAGUUGGGGUAUGGAGAGGAUUGAGAUCACUUGCAACAACUGCGGCGGUCAUCUUGGACACGUAUUCAAGGGUGAGGGAUUCAACACGCCGACGAAUGAACGUCACUGUGUAAACAGCGUCUCUAUCAACUUUGACAAGGAUGAUGCCAAGAUCUGA